AUGAUUCAUGUAAUCCUACGGCCCUCCUCGCAGCACCAGCGCACCGCGACGCCCCCGCCCGUGCGUCCGGUCAGCUCAUCGACUUCGGACAAAAGUUACGACACGGAGAGCUGUGUGUCGGACAAGGCGGGCGGCGGCGGCAGUCGGCAGGCGCCGCGCCCCGCGCUCUCCACCAAUGUGCUGGAUAGCGACGCCGUCCUGGCCUCGGGCCUGUCCCAGCUGGAGAACGCGGCCGCGCCCACCGACGCCAAGGAGACGCCCCGCAAGACCAAGGGCGUGAUCCCCCACCUGGGCCACCUGCCGGACCUUAACAAGCUCUCGGACGUCAUCAGGAACCUGGUGAUGGGCAACGUGGUGUUCGUGAAGCCCAUCCUGAAGCCGAGGAAGAUCUGCAUCUACACCUGCGCCGACCUCAAAGACACCAUCAUGGAGCGGUCGGCGCUGAUGGAGCACGUGUACCCGAAGCUGCGUCUGUACUGCAUGGAGAAGGGAUACGAACUGAACAUCGUGGACCUGCACUGGGGCAUCCCGGACGAGCACCUCAACGACCACUCCUUCAAAGAGCUGUGUCUCGGGCAGCUCACCACCCAGGCCCGGGACUCGCACAUCGUGACGGUGGUGUUCCUGAACGAGACUUUCGGCAACGCCCUCCUGCCGCGCGUGAUCGAGGGCCCCGACUUCGACCAGGCGAUCUCGGCCAUGGAGCACGACACCGACAGGGAGCUCUUCUGGAAGUGGUACCACUGGGACGAGAACGCGCAGCCGCCCUGCUACAAGCUGCAGCCCAUCAGCACCUACAUCCCCAACAUCAAGGACAGCAACAGCGCCAGCCUGCACCAGGAGGCCGUGCAGGACUGGAACAACGAAGUCAAGAAGAUGAUGACGCUGAUGAGGAUGGUGUUCAAUCAGGAGCAGAAGGAGAAGUACCUGUCGACGGUCAUGGAGCAGGAGAUCAAGCAGAGCGUGUUCAUGAACCAGGAGAGCGCCAAGCACUGCCUGUGGAUCUGCCGCAAGUUCACGCACUUCCCGUCGCACAACAUCCCGGCGCAGGGCAAGGUGUACGUGGCCGUCGAGCCAGAGAGCAAGAAGAGACUCGACAUCCUGCAGAGCGAGCUUAAGGAACGCCUGGACGAGAUCCGCAUGCUGAAGUUCCGCGUGAAAUGGCACAACUCCGGCAUGAACCCCGAGGUGCCCGAGCAUGCGCAGUACGUGGAGGACCUGUGCGCGCAGAUCUCGCCGCUGCUCAUCUCCAUCAUCGACGGCGUCAUCGAGGAGGACGAGACCAAGGAGGAGCUGAAGUCCUACCUCGGCAUCGAGAAGCGGCUGUUCCACGAGCUCAUGCAGCAGUCGCUCAUGUGCCAGUUCCGCUACAAGAACUUCCAGGGCCGCCAGGAGCUCCUGACCAAGAUUAGGAGGUACCUGAGCAACGACUCGUGCGUCCCCCUCAUCAUGCACGGCGAGGUCGGCUGCGGAAAAUCCUCGCUCAUCGCAAAGGCCAUGGAGAGAUGCUGCGAGUGGCUGGUGGACGUGCCCCUCGUCGUCAGGUUCGUCGGCCUCACCCCCGGGUCCUCGACGACGGAGCAGGUCCUGAGGUCCAUCGCCGAGCAGUGCUGCGCGCUCUUUGGAGACCACCCCGCGGAGGCAGCCAAGAGCGUGCGCCACAUGUCGGCCUUCCUGAAGCACGUGUGGUCGAAGGCGUGCAAGAUCCGGCCGCUGGUCAUCAUGAUCGACGGCAUCGACCAGGUCAAGGGGUACGGGUCGACGUCGCUGGAGUGGGUGCCCAGCGAACUCCCCGAGAACGUCAAGCUCAUCAUGACGGUGCGGGACGACUCGCCGCAGAUGUCGCUCCUGCAGACCAUCAUCGAGGACAGGGCGUGCUUCCUGAAGAUCCCGCCCCUGACGAUCGACGAAGGGUACAACAAGUUCGAGGGCAUCCUGAAGCAGCACCACCGCAGCGUGAACAAGGAGCAGCGGGAGUUAGUGAGCAAGUACCUGCAGGAGUGCCCGCUGCCGCUCUACGUCGAGAUCAUGGGGCGGAUGGCGUGCCAGUGGACGGGCGCCGAGACCCAGCUGCCUCUUCAGCCGAACCUCAUGGGCCUCAUCAACGCGGUCUUCGACGAGUUGGAGGCCGCCUAUGGACAGGUGGAAGUGUCUCACACCCUCGGCUACCUGACGGCGGCCAAGCACGGGCUCUCGGACUCUGAGAUGAUCGACAUCCUCUCCUGCGACGAAGCUGUGCUCGAGAAGAUCUUCGUUCACUGCACGCCGCCAGUGAGGCGGUGUCCUUCGCUCCUGUGGGUGCAGAUCUCGAAGCAGGUGCAGCCGUUCCUCAUGAAGACCAUCGUGGCGGGCAUCUGCCUGUUCACGUGGCGCCACGAGAGCUUCCGCGACGCCGCCCAUGCCCGCUACCUGGGCACGCCCGACCAGAUCAACAUGUGCUGCACGGCGCUCAUCGAUUACUUCCAGAGCAAGUGGGCCAACGGCGCCAAGAAGCCCGUCCCCGUGUACGAGGCGGGGGUGGAGGAGGGGAAGGACCGCUACGUGCUGGACCAACCCACCAAGUACCGCGGGAGCAACAUGUCCAAGAUUUCCGUUCAGUCUCUGUUCAGCCGCCACAACCGCCGUAAGCUGGACGAGCUGCCCUACCAGGUCCUGCAGCUGAGAGGCCGCAUCCUCGAGGAGUUCGUGCUCAAGUUCGACUGGGUCUACGAGAAGCUCUGCGGCUCGGACACGUACCAGGUACUGGAGGACGUGUCGCUGGCCCUCAGGAACCACAGCAACAACAUCGAACUCGUCCUGCUGAAGGAGGUCCUCGAGCUCGCUGCCUACGGCCUCGGAUACGACGGAAGACAGUUCUACUCGCAGGUGUACGGGCGGCUGUCCACGCUGAUGUCGGACCCGCAGAACCACGAGACGUACCCCAUCAUCAAGGAGCUGUACGACACGGCCGCCCGCGCGCCCGUGCCCUGCCUGCUGCCGCUCACCGUCUGCUUCCACGAGCCCUUCCAGGACCAGAACAUGAAGCUGGGCGACGGCCAGGUGUACUUCAACGCCCUCAUCCGCGCGCGCCACAACCCGCACUACGUCAUCACGCUGAGCACCGACCGCGGGGAGAUCGCCGUCUGGAACAUCUUCACCAUGUCGCCCGUGCGCACGCUCACCGGCAUCACGCAGCCCAGGAAGCUCAAGAUGAUCGACGACUACCGCUGCCUGGUGCUCUGCGGUCGCGAGCUCCGCAUCUACAACUUCGACGAGGGGCUCUUCGUCAUGAAGCUGCGCGAAGUCAUGAACCAGAAGAUGCCUUUCUUCGGCCUGCAUGACAAGGACCAUGUGGUUGCCCUCUCGCGCUCGCGCAUGUACGUCAACAUGAUGAACCUUCAGAACGGCGACUGCGUGGCCACGUUCAAGGUCGGCGAGGACAGGUUCCUCAACAGCCUGAUGGUCUCAGAGAACGGCAAGAUCUGCGUGUGCGGCGACGAGACCCAGAAGCCGUCGGCGCUGCUGGUGUGGGACCUGGAACUGCGCAAGCUGAUGUACGACCUCCGCAUCCCGCACCACGAGUUCAUCACGCGCCUCGCCGCCAUCACCAAGGAGGGCCACUACGUCUCCUGCGUGUGCCGGGAGGUGGAUGAACCAGCGCCCAAUUUCAUCGUGGUUUACGACCUCCAGAGCGGGACCCUCUUCAAGAAGUGGAAGCCCGGAGUCAACAUCAUCUCCAUCGCCAUCUCUUCGGCAGGAGGCUGCGUGGUCGUGGGCCUCGAGGACUCCAAGCUCAUGGCCUACGACCUCAUCACGGGCAAUCCCCGCUGGACGCUGAAGGGCCACACGGCGCCCCCGAACACCAUCAGGCUGGACAACCGAGGUCUGCAGUGCCUCACCUUCGACUCCCUGGGCAGAGAUCGCUCCGUCAGGGUGUGGGACAUUCACACAGGAAACAGCCUAGCAGUGUUGACCCCCGACCAGGCUAUCACAGCGUGCGAGAUUUCAAGCGAUGGAAAAGCAGUCGUCAUGGCUCUUGAGGGACGCAAUGAAAUCGUCACCUUCCUUCUGUGCCACCAAACGGGCGUGGACGAGCGACCGACACCAAAGUCCUAUGGCAAUGACACCAACCGCGGCAAAGUCUUUGACCUUAGCCAAGCUGGGUAAUGAAUGAGCCCUGUGGCAAAGCAGCAUAUGCCAUGUCAGACAUGCCUCAAUCACCAGUUCUAGGGUCGCUGCUGCCAUGCACAGCUGUCAGACGCCCAGGGUCAUGCUAUUUGCGCUGACUCUGGAAGAUAGUGGGUUCUGAGAAGAAUAUCGAAUAGCAACAGAGUAUUGACAGUGACUUAAAGAAUAAUUGGACAUUGACAGAAAUAUUCAAGCCAUUCCUCAGAGAAAUAAACGUGAAUAUCAGCAAAAAACACUGAUAAAAAAAUAAUUGUUUUCUAAAAGGAGUUUACGAGUUUCUGGUCACAUAGGAAGCUUAAUACUAGCAGAUUUUUAUGUUGACUUUGAAAGAUAUGUGGAUUCUGGAAAUAACAUCCAACACCUGCAACAUAAUAGAGAAAUUAUAUAAGUAUUGGAACCACACUUGACUUUACAAUGAAUUGGUUUCAACAGAAAUAUAUUACGAAAAGAAUGGACGAAAAAAAAAUUAUAUUGGUUUUAAGAAUAACAGGAGCAAAUGAGAAAGAGACGACAAAAUAAAGUAGAUAAGGAGAAUAAAAUAGGAAUGGGAAUGAGAAUAAAAGAGAAUAAAAAAAGAAAAAUGGAAAGCAAAAUCAGGCCUAAAUUGGAAAUACAGAAUGAGAUGAAUAUAAUAAAAUCGAGAAGAGCAAAAGAAACUCCAUAAAAUAUACAGAGGGAAGACACAGAUAAAAGGAGAUUGGAGGAAGAACUAGAAUGAA